AUGGCGACUCGUCUGCUGAGCUCGAUGCCAUCGUCGGCCACAAUGCUGGGGUCGUCUGCCUCGGCCGCUGCCCGCCCACAUGCCGAGAGCGCCCCUCCCGCCCUCCGCUCCUUCCGUUCUGACACCGAACUCGCCUCCCAGAAAAAGAUGGUGGUUCGCAUCUACUUCUCUGAUGGCGCGUUCAAAAGUAUUAUGAUCACGGGCGCGACGACGGCCAUCGAGGCGUGCCGCAUGUUCGCCGAGAAAGUGCGCAUGGAGCGAUUCCAGCACAACUUCCAACUCAAGGAAGUGACCCCUACAGUCGAGCGGAUGGUGGAUCACGACGAGCGACCGUUCGAUGUGGUGCACCGAUGGAUCAAGGAGGGGUUCAAGCUCUCCAUGGACGAAAAGUGGCGGUUCGUCUUCACCUUCAGCCAAGCCGUGCAGAGCCGCCUACUACGAAAGACGAAGCGACUACUCUUCGCACAGGUUCAGAGCGAGUUGAAGCAGCAGAUGAAGGGCAACGCGCAGGCGCCCAAGUUGGGUCUGAAGAAGACUCCACGGGCCGACGAGCCGCCUGAAGGCCCGCGACCCUCGGCCCUUCCUCCCUCUCCCCGCAUGCACCCGUCGUCGCCCUCCCCCCUCCCCUCCGCCUCCAUCUCGUCCACCGCCGCCGCGUCUCUGCUCGAGUCGUCGACUUCGCAUUCCUCGCGUGCCGCCGCCGUGCCGCCAGACCAGGACGCCGCCGCCGCCAGCUCGACGCCCUUCUUCGUAUCGCCGUCGUCCCCAUCGCCAUCGCCCGCCGCGCCGCCCACUCUCCGCGGCGGAUUCUCGUCGCUGCCGCCCCAGCAGGUCACGCCGCGGCCCGAGCAGCUGGUGCCGUCGCCCCAGUCGGUCCCUGCGACUGGACCACAACUCGGCUGCGGCGGGUCUCCUACGGGUUCGGUCCGGGUGCGCCGCGGCGCGCGGCCGUCGCCGCUCCUCCUGACGUCGUUCAACAUCGACAACGAGGCCCAGCUGGCCGAGGCCGAGUCCAAGUACAACCGCGACCCGGCCAAGUUCACUUCGGUCUACGCCGCCAAUCCCCUUCCGGCUUCGACCGAAACUACCUUGAUGAUGACGUCAGCAAUGCCACCAGCUGGUAGUGUGUCGACGGAAUGUGCGGCAUCGAUGCCGGUGAUGGACUUGCCGCCGCCGCCGGCCUCGAUGGUGCUGCCGGCCAUUCCCCAGCAGCAGCUGGCGGUGGCGGCGAGCGGGAGGCAGCAGCACCAGUUGUCGAGCGGCGAAAGCUGGGGCGGCUACGACUCGUCGGAGAGCGAUCAGUCGAUCGGAGAGGACGAGGGCGAGGGCGAGGAUGAGCUGGUGGCGAUGCUGGUGCAGUCGACCCUGAAGGAGAGCCAGGCGCGGGGCAUCACCAUCCGCGACUGCUCGGCGCAGAUGAUGAACAACCUCGACGACGCCCUCGCCAUGCUGGCCAAGCUCGAAUUCGAACUCUGA